UGCGCAGCGGAACCAAUACCCUCACCCCCUCCAAGAAACAUAAAACUGCCUGGGUCACAUCGAAUAGUCUGUGCUGUCUGAGGUUGCAGCCACAGAGGUUUGGUUACGCUCCGUCCCCCCUUGGCCUGUCCCCGGCGUCAGACAAUGGGGAAGGAGAAGAUCCACAUCAACAUUGUGGUCAUAGGCCAUGUGGACUCUGGGAAAUCUACCACCACUGGGCACCUGAUCUAUAAGUGUGGUGGCAUCGACAAGAGGACCAUCGAAAAGUUUGAGAAGGAAGCUGCUGAGAUGGGUAAAGGCUCCUUCAAGUACGCCUGGGUCCUGGACAAGCUGAAGGCGGAGAGGGAGCGGGGGAUCACCAUCGAUAUCUCCCUCUGGAAGUUUGAGACAACCAAGUACUACAUCACCAUCAUCGACGCACCGGGGCACAGAGACUUCAUCAAGAACAUGAUCACUGGAACCUCCCAGGCAGACUGCGCUGUGCUGAUUGUGGCCGCUGGAGUCGGCGAGUUCGAGGCGGGGAUCUCCAAGAACGGCCAGACGAGGGAGCACGCCCUGCUAGCCUACACGCUAGGCGUCAAGCAGCUCAUCGUCGGGGUCAACAAGAUGGACUCCACUGAGCCGCCCUACAGUGAGAAGCGCUACGACGAGAUCGUGAAGGAGGUCAGCGCCUACAUCAAGAAGAUCGGGUACAACCCCUCCUGCGUGCCCUUCGUGCCCAUCUCUGGUUGGCAUGGCGACAACAUGUUGGAGCCCUCCCCCAAUAUGCCGUGGUUUAAGGGAUGGAAGCUGGAACGGAAAGAGCAUCAUGCCAGCGGGGUGAGCCUGCUUGAGGCUCUGGACACCAUCAUGCCACCAACACGGCCCACAGACAAGCCCCUGCGCCUGCCACUGCAGGACGUCUACAAGAUCGGAGGAAUCGGAACGGUGCCCGUAGGGCGUGUGGAGACGGGGAUCCUCCGGCCCAGCAUGGUCGUCACCUUUGCCCCAGUAAAUAUCACCACUGAGGUGAAGUCGGUGGAGAUGCACCACGAGGCUCUCAGCGAAGCUCUUCCGGGCGACAACGUCGGCUUCAACGUGAAGAAUGUAUCCGUGAAAGACAUUCGGCGGGGGAAUGUGUGUGGAGACAGCAGGUCAGACCCUCCCCAGGAGGCCUCUGGCUUCACGGCUCAGGUGAUCAUCCUAAACCAUCCGGGACAAAUCAGCGUGGGUUACUCCCCAGUCAUCGACUGCCACACGGCCCACAUCGCCUGCAAGUUCGCUGAGCUCAAGGAAAAGAUCGACCGCCGCUCUGGCAAAAAGCUGGAGGACAACCCCAAGACGCUCAAGUCGGGGGAUGCUGCCAUCGUGGAUAUGGUGCCCGGCAAGCCCAUGUGCGUAGAGAGCUUCUCCAAGUACCCGCCCUUAGGUCGUUUCGCUGUCAGGGACAUGCGGCAGACGGUUGCUGUGGGAGUCAUUAAGAAUGUCGAGAAGAAGACGGGCAGUGCUGGCAAGGUGACCAAGUCGGCCCAAAAGGCUCAGAAGGCCGGCAAGUGAAUUGAGCUGCACCACAAUCUGAACACCUUGGCUUGGGCUCUCCAGCCCCCCAACUGAACUACAGCGCCACCCUGCACUGGGCAUGCCCACACAUGUGCUUGUAACACACUACUUGUCAACGACUGGAUGCUACUGACUAAGGUGCAAUCGAAGUCCAGUAAGAGAUAAAGCAUGUUCCAACAUUUGUAAAUUAAAUAGUGACCUUUGCCAUUAAACUGGUACAACUGCUACUCCAA